UCUCUCCAAUUCAAAAAAGAAAAAGAAAACCCCUCCUCUUCUACUUCCAUCAAACUCUCUCAAAAAAGUGAAAAACAAUUAAGCAUCAAUGGGCGAGGCAGGGGACUCUCUUCCUACGAAGCCGACGACUAGUUCAGUGACGAUCGGCUCGUCGCUGAUUCCGAUAAUCAACAAGAUGCAGGACAUUCUGGCUCCCGUAGCCUCAGGCAGCGAAUUGUCCAAGAUUUCGCUGCCGCAAGUUGCUGUCGUGGGAAGCCAAAGCAGCGGUAAAUCCAGCGUCCUCGAGGCCCUCGUCGGCCGUGACUUCCUCCCUCGCGGCUGCGAUAUUUGCACUCGUAGACCUCUCGUCUUGAUGCUCGAGAAUCGCCCGCCCAAUCCCGCCCAAGAUGCCGCCCAAACCGAGUGGGGCGAGUUUCGGCAUUUGCCUGGAAAGCGCUUCUACGACUUCACCAGCAUUCGCCGAGAGAUUCAGGCUGAGACUGAAAGAGAGGCAGGAUUGAACAAAGGAGUUUCGGAUAAACAAAUUCGGCUUAAGAUUACCUCUCCGAAUGUCCUUAAUAUGACUCUUGUUGAUUUGCCUGGCAUCACUAAGGUUCCUGUGGGAGAUCAACCUAGUGACAUAGAAUCAAGGAUCAGGAAGAUGAUAAUGGGACAUAUUAGGCAAGAAAAUUGCAUUAUAUUGGCAGUUACUCCUGCCAACGCUGAUUUAGCCACCUCUGAUGCACUUCAACUCGCUAGAGAAGCUGACCCUACCGGUUUUCGUACCAUUGGUGUCAUCACCAAGCUGGAUAUAAUGGACAGGGGCACCGAUGCCAGCAAAUUUUUGCUCGGGAAAGUUGUUCCCCUUAAGCUUGGUUAUAUUGGUGUUGUCAACCGUUGUCAGGAGGACAUUAAUAAAAACCGUAGCAUUGCUGCAGCACUUGCUUAUGAGGAUAAAUUCUUCCGCAAUAAUCCAGUAUAUAGCAGUCUCUCUGAUAGUUGCGGCAUUCCCCAGUUAGCAAGGAAACUGAAUCAGAUUCUGGAGCACCAUAUCAGGAUUGUUCUCCCUGGUUUGAAGGCUGAGUUGAAUUCUCAGAUGAAUGCUAUCUAUAAGGAACUACAAACUUAUGGAAAAGUUAUGGAAUCCAAAACAGAUCUGGGAGCAACUUUGUUGAACAUUUUGUCAAAAUACUGUGAAGCUUUUACUGCCAUGUUGGAUGGAAAAAAUCCAGAGAUGUUAACUAAAGAAUUGUCAGGUGGAGCCAGGAUCCAGUACAUUUUCCAGUCAAUUUUUGUAAAGAGCUUGCAGGAAGUAGAUCCCUGUGACGAUGUAACUGAUAAUGAUAUUCGAACCGCCAUUCAAAAUGCAUCUGGUACAAGAGAUGCUUUGUUUGUGCCCGAGGUCCCAUUUGAAGUUUUAGUUAAAAGAGAGAUUGCACGCUUGCUAGACCCAAGCCUUCAGUGUCUUCGUUUUGUUUAUGAGGAACUGGUUAAGAUUAGCCGCACUUGUGAGGUUACUGAGUUGCAAAGGUUUCCAGUAUUGAGAAUGCGUUUGGAUGAAGUCAUGGUAAACUUUUUGCGUGAUGGUGCACAGCCUGCUGAGAGAAUGAUAGAAAAUCUUAUUGAGAUGGAGGCAGAUUAUAUAAACACUUCGCACCCAAAUUUUUUAGGUGGGAACAGAGCUGCUGAGAUUGCUAUGCAUGAGUUGAAAUCACCACAGUAUUCAGAUGGCCUGACUUCUUUGAAGGGUGCCUUACAGGGAAGUCCUUCACAGCUGAAUAACAAUAAACCCGUAUCUGGAGGUUCCACAAAGACUUGGCUUCCAUUUUUUGGGAAUCGGACAUCAUCUGAAGGCUCCCCGGAUAGCAGAUCUUUCGGUGAUCAAAACCAUUCACAAUCGAUGCCCUCUGUAAUCCAAUUGAGAGAGCCCCCAUCCAUCUUAAGGCCAAUUGAAGUGACAGAGCAUAAAGCAGUGGAAAUUGUCAUAACCAAAUUACUCUUGCGGUCAUAUUAUGACAUUGUCAGAAAAAACAUUCAAGAUCUUGUUCCAAAAGCAAUUAUGCACUUUCUGGUCAAUCUUACAAAACGGAGCCUUCAUCGAACCUUCAUUCAAAAGUUCUACAGAGAGAACCUGUUUGAAGAACUGUUGCAGGAGCAUGAUGCAUUUGUAUUGAAAAGAAAACAUAUCCAAGAAUUGCUCCCAGUUUUGGAACAAUCUUUGCAGACACUGGAGAAAGUUGAAUUUGAUGUCUCAUGCCGUACUUCUAGUUUUGGAACUGAUGCUUCCACUGAACUUCCAAGAAUUACAAGGAUUUCACCACCCCAUCAACAAUACUUAACAACCAGUGGUGAGAUGAGUCAAUCUAGAUACCAUUCAUCCUCCAGAUCAUUUGUUACCAACACUACAGCUUGAAGAUCAUUUCAGCAAGAAGAGUGCGGUUUUUGGUUUUAGAUUUGUUAGACUGUAACUGGUAACUAUGCCAUUGUCUUUGGUGAUUACCAGGUUGUACAGUGAAUUCCUUUUCCUAUUUACUGAGUAUUCCACAAAACAGCUGUGAAGGUCCAUCCACCAAAGCAAUCUCUUGAUCAUGCUGUGGAAUCUUGUGAGAAGGAAUAGGGUGAAGGGAAUCAAGGAAAGAAGCGGAGCAGAGGGGGUAAAAGGAAACGUGACAAGACGUGACAAGAAGUUUGCAGCAUUGACAAGAGCAGCGAAAGAAGUGGAGUCAACACCUGAUAUGUUUAGUUUUAUUAAUAGCCAACUUGCUAUACACGGUGAAGCUUUAAAUGGUGGAUCAGCAAAGAAGCAGCAGAAGUGCAGAACAAAGGGUCAGGGGAGGGGAAGAAAGUUGAUAGGCAGGAUUUGGUGGCUUAUGAGGAUGAAGUGAAGGAGUUGAAGUUGCGAGUUGGAAAGCUUAAGGAGUUGAAGUUGCGAGUUGGAAAGCUUGAGGAAAUGGUGAGUAGAAACAAAAAAGAGAAGGUGGUUUAUGAGGCUGCAAUGAGAAAAUUGAUUGAAACUCGCGAAGUCUUGGCAGAGCGGGAGCGGAGCAGCUCAGGCUUCUGCAUCAAUGCGGUUGUCACUUGUCAGUAGAGAAAAAGAGAAGAGAUGGCUUAAGUUUUAGGAUCAACAUUAUUAUCUAUAUAUCAUUUGUAAUCAUAGGCAUACAACUAUGCUAACUUUGUGGAACUAUGAAGGUUUUCUAGGUCAAGAUUGGUUUGUGAUCACAGGGAUUGUUGUACAUAAAUUGACCCUUGUUGUUUU